GAUAUUCUAUGGCAAAUAUGACACUUUGUAUCUUUGAGGCCAGGACAGUAGGUUUUUACCUGUCCAAGCUCCUUAGUCUCCAAACCUCCAAACUUACACAAGGAAGUUAAAACUUCAAGUGCACCCCUUUCUCACUCUGACCUGCUUUAAAUUCUGCCUCUCUCGCUGGCACAUUGCUUGUACCAGGGAUCCCUCCCCUGCCCGGAAAACAUCUUGCCCUUUAUGGGAGGCUCAUUAGUUACCCAACAGUCUUCAUACUCACAAGUCUUCCUGCUGCCAACAUCAACACGAGCAAGCAACUGCAAGAUGCUUUGGUGACAUCACGCCAGAGACCGGAUUGUUCGGCCUUUAGACGAAUAACAAUGGCUACAACGGCCCUAACGGGAUUCUCCAUGAUGAGUCUUCUCAGUCUCGGAUAUCUGACCUGGGAUCUGAAUGGUCCGAAUCAGGUCGAAAAAGAUCCUGGUCAGACUUCUGGCAGAGGGUCUCUUGGUUCAAAGCCUCCUCACAUAAUCUUCAUCAUGACAGAUGAUCAGGGAUUCAACGAUAUCGGCUAUCACAGCUCUGACAUAAAGACACCAGUGCUAGAUAAGCUGGCUGCCGAUGGGGUGAAGCUGGAGAAUUAUUACAUCCAGCCCAUAUGCACGCCGUCCCGAAGCCAACUCAUCACUGGGAGGUACCAGAUUCACACAGGUCUCCAGCACUCCAUCAUCCGCCCCCGCCAGCCCAACUGUCUCCCCUUUCACCAUGUCACCCUCCCUCAGAGGCUGCAGGAGCUCGGGUACUCUACCCACAUGGUGGGCAAGUGGCACCUGGGCUUUUACAAGAAGGAGUGCCUGCCAACACGACGUGGCUUUGACACAUAUUUUGGCUCCCUGACUGGUAGUGUCAACUACUACACCUACAACUCCUGUGACGGUCCGGGCCUGUGUGGUUAUGACCUCCACGAAGGCGAGACAGUAGCCUGGCGUGAGAGGGGGAAAUACUCCACCCAUUUAUACACACAGAGGGUCCGCAAAAUCCUGGCAAGACACGAUCCCCACACUCAGCCACUCUUUAUCUACCUUUCCUUUCAAGCUGUUCACACACCCUUGCAGUCCCCACGAGAGUACAUCUAUCCGUACCGAGGGCUGGGCAAUGUGGCUCGCAGGAAGUAUGCUGCCAUGGUUUCUGUGGUGGAUGAGGCUGUUCGGAAUAUAACAUAUGCCCUCCGUAAAUACGGCUACUAUCAAAACAGCGUCAUCAUCUUUUCUACGGACAAUGGGGGACAACCACUCUCUGGUGGCAACAAUUGGCCACUUCGGGGGCGUAAAGGCACCUACUGGGAAGGUGGCAUCCGAGGCUUGGGAUUUGUGCACAGUCCUCUGUUAAGGAGGAAGAAGAGGGUGAGUAAAGCCUUGGUCCACAUCACUGACUGGUACCCCACACUAGUACACCUGGCAGGUGGCAAUGAGUCCCUUACUAAGAGCGUGGAUGGAUUUGAUGUUUGGGAAGCCAUCAGUGAAGGGAAGGAGUCUCCCAGAUUGGAGAUCCUACACAACAUUGACCCUCUCUAUAACCGUGCUCGGAGCGGAUCCCUGCAGAAGGGAUAUGGGAUUUGGAAUACAGCCGUGCAGGCCUCAAUCCGAGCUGGAGACUGGAAAUUGCUGACCGGAGAUCCUGGUUACGGAGACUGGACACCGCUGCAGGUGCUUCCGAGCUUCCCUGGCAGCUGGUGGAACCUUGAGAGGCACAUUGAACCCAAGAAAUCGGUAUGGCUUUUCAACAUCUCUGGAGACCCCUAUGAACGUUUUGACCUCUCUGAACAGAGACCAGAUGUUGUCAAAGAGUUGAUGGCGAGACUGGUGUACUACAACCGUACCGCCGUCCCAGUGCGCUACCCAUCAGAGGACCCGCGGGCUGAGCCCAGCCUGAAUGGCGGUGCCUGGGUUCCAUGGGUGGGAGACGAGGAAGAGCACAGCUGGGGCACCUUUUAUCCGAAGAAGAAUAUGGACUGGAAGAAGAAGCUUAAACUGUCUUAUAGCAGAUCGUUUUUCAAGAGACUCAACACUAGGAUCAUGUCAAACAGGAUAUGAAUAUAUAAUCUUAAAACACAUGGAUAUCACAGAUUAAAUGUUCAAGGAGGAAGGGCCUGGUGUGAAUAUUGAGAAUCUGCAAUUAAUUAUUGACUCCCCUCCACCCCCCAAAAAUGUUCAUAAUUGGCUAUACAUGCCAGAAAAUUGCAGCAAAACUCUACCUUUGUCUAAAUGAAACUACUCAAUUGACUUCAACAUAGUUCUUUGACACCAAUGAGCCAUGUCAUGGUCGCAAGACUCUUGUUUUUUUUUAAAUGAGGCUCCUCAACUCACUUCAACAUAAUUCCAUGGCACCAAGUGCCGCCACGGUGUUAAGAAAGACACAUUUUUGUCUUAUUGGAAGAGUGAUGCAAGUCUGGAUUCCAACUUUUUUUCCUUCUUCUUUAGGAUUAAAUAUUAUGUUAUGUACAUUUGACACAACUAUUUCACAUUCUGAAUUGUCCACACAUCAUACAGAUGAUGUUCCUGUUGGUCAGAGCCAGGCUCAUUGCCUUAUUGCAUAGGUGUUAAACUCAGGUCCGAGAGGGCCGCUGUCCGGCAUGUUUUCCAAGUCUCCCUGUUGCAACACAACUGAUUCAAAUGAUCAGAUCA